UUUAAGCUGGGCUAUCUGUUCCACGCCCCCGGUAUUUUCCUUUCUGAGCACUUUAUCCUGAGCUCUGUCUCCUUCCACAGGGGCGUCAAGCUUGGAGAGUCCUUCCUCUAGGAGGAAGCUUAGCGGUUCGUGUCUACUGCUGAGAGAGAUUCCUUGCUUUGCUCCGAUAGUGGUUGCUUUCUGUUGCUCAGGCGGGGAAAGGUAGUGGUUGUUUUCUGUGGCCGUAGACACAAGAUUCUGCCAGGAAAGGACUGCGGGGACUUUAACGUUUCCAAGACGAGAUAGCGCUCCUCUCGAAGGUUGGGCUUUAAAUAAUGGAGAAGUUUAUCGACGAAAGUGCUUUCAUUUAAAGAGUAAAUUAAGAGACAACGCCGUGAACAGCUGAUAAACAAGGCAUUUGUGUCCUGAAGAGCCACAGAAACAAGUGUGAUGUGAGGGGAGAGUAGACACAUAGGAGGAAUCAGACCUGGUGUGAUAUUUUUGUCACAAAAGACUUGAGGAAGAGAGAAGCCACUUUUCCAGAGAAUGAAAGAGUGCAGUGUCAAAAUGGAGACCAGCGUUUCUGAGAUUCAAAUCGAGACUAAGGAUGAGAAGAGACCAGAAGCAGCCAGUCCUCAGAAAGAGAGGCAGGAGAGAAAAACAGCCACACUGUGCUUCAAGAGAAGGAAGAAAGUGAACAAGAAGAAGGCCAAAGCUGGUUCCAAGACUGCUGAGGAGACAAAGAAGCAUGCCCCAGAAGCUGGGGGUUCUGGUCAGCGGCAACCAGCGGGGGCCUGGGCCUCCAUUAAACGCCUUGUGACACACAGGAAACCGUCCGAGUCUGCAGAGAAGCAGAAGCCAUCUGAGGCUGAAAUGCAGCCUGAGGAUGGAGCUCUUCCUAAGAAGAAGACAAAAUCCAAACUUAAGAUUCCUUGCAUACGAUUCUCAAGAGGGGCAAAGAGAAGUCGUCCUUCCAAACUCACAGAAGAUUCAGGCUAUGUCCGAGUCCAGGGAGAGGCAGACGAUUUGGAGAUAAAAGCCCAGAUCCAGCCCGAUGAGCAGGCAACCCAGGCUAAGUCCACCCAGGGCCUACAGGAAGAUGUGAUGGUGAGAGAUGGUAAGGAGAUCCAAGAAUCACACAUAAGCAACAACGUCAUAUCGGGAGAGCAUGUGAUUGCCAUAGAACUGGAAUUAGAAAAGGAAUCUUCUGCUCUCCGGAUGAGAACUCCAGGGAGUGAAAAGGAGGCUAAAGUGAUUCUGGUAAAGCAGAGUGUUCAGGUACAGCAAGCAAGUGUGCUUGAGAAUUCAGCAGCAGACAGCCCUCAGCCAGUGACUUCUACUGCUCCUCUCUCACCAGCAACCACACAUCAACUCGGUCUGGAAGAACCCAGUGACAGCAUCCGGGAAAGUGCACCAAGUGGAAAAGAUGACGGAAGGAGAAAGACUGCUGCUGAAGAAAAGAAAUCAGGAGAGACUGCGCUGGGCCAGGCAGAGGAGGCUUCUUCAGUCAGCCAGGCAGACAAAAGUGUACUAAGCCAGGCAGAAGAAGCUACAGUGGGCCACACAGAGGAAGCUACUGUGAUCCAGGCACAGAGUCAGGCAAAGGAAGGUAAACUGAGCCAGGCAGAGGAAGCUACAGUGGCCCAGGCAAAGGAAACUGUAUUGAGUCAGGCAGAGGAAGUUAAACUGAGCCAGAUAGAAGAACCUGCAAUUAGCCAGGCAAAGAAAGCUACAGUAGGACAAGCAAAGGAAGCUAUAGUUAGCCAGGCAGAGGAAGCUAUAGUUGGUCACACAGAGAAAGCCACCAUGGGUCAGGCAGAGGAAGCUACAGUUGGCCACAUAGAGAAAACCACAGUGGGCCAGGCAGAGGAAGCUACAGUGGGUCAAGCAGAGGAAGCCACAGUGGGUCAAGCAGAGGAAGCCACAGUGGGUCAAGCAGAGGAAGCUACAGUUGGACAGGCAGAGGAAGCUACAGUUGGUCAGGCAGGGGAAGCUACAGUUAGCCACAUAGAGAAAACCACAGUGGGCCAGGCAGAGGAAGCUAUAGUUGGUCAGGCAGAGGAAGCCACAGUGGGUCAAGCAGAGGAAGCCACAGUGGGUCAAGCAGAGGAAGCUACAGUUGGCCAGGCAGAGGAAGCCACAGUGGAUCAAGCAGAGGAAGCUACAGUUGGCCAGGCAGAGGAAGCUACAGUUGGUCAGGCAGGGGAAGCUGCAGUUGGCCAGGCAGAGGAAGCUAUAGUUGCUCAGGCAGAGGAAGCCACAGUUGGUCAGGCAGGGGAAGCUACAGUUGGCCAAGCAGAGAAAGCCACAGUUGGCCAAGCAGAGGAACCCAUAGUUGGCCAGGCAGAGGAAACUGUAUUGAGGCAUGCAUCAGAUCUGAAAGUAAAUGGAGUUGAUGCAGAGAAACCAAGAUCAGAAGAAAGCAAAAGAAUGGAGCCAAUUGCUAUUAUCAUAACAGACACUGAAAUCAGUGAAUUUGAUGUUAAGAAAUCUAAAAAUGUCCCUAAGCAAUUCCUAAUUUCCAUGGAAAAUGAGCAAGUGGGGGUUUUUGCUAAUGAUAGUGAUUUCGAGGGGAGAACUUCAGAACAGUAUGAAACACUCUUAAUAGAAACAGCUUCUUCUCUCGUCAAGAAUGCUAUCGAGUUGUCUGUAGAACAGCUGGUUAACGAAAUGGUUUCUGAGGAUAAUCAAAUAAAUACGCUGUUCCAGUGACUCCAUUUCCAGGUCACGGGAAGAAAGGAAAAAAAAAAAACCCUUAAAAGAUGAAUUCUGAUACACAUUUGUGGCACUUCUAUCUCAGUAAUAAAUUAGAGGUCUAUCAUCUGUGGAAGCUAAAGGUACAGUUCCAGCCAGAAGUGCUAAAGGAUCAAUGAAGGUUGUAAAACUCUGCCAUUGAAACAGAAUCAGUUCUGGACUGGAGGGAGUCGGCACAGAUGACAUUGCGAAGGGAUUUAUGGGGGAGGUGUGGAGAUGGCAGGCGGUAGCCCAGUGCUUUGAGGAGGGAAGACUAUUGCGCCCUGGGUAUGCUCUUACGGUUCUCUAAUGUCACCAAGUCUGUCACCAUUUCUUUCCAAUGGUUCAACCCUGUGUUAUGGGUGAACGCUACAUUGACUUUCCUUUUACAGGGUUUUCCCACUGUCUCUAAUGGUGAAUCAGGUGAGUGGGCCUUUCUAGUCUUGAACAAGUUCUGUACAAAAGCCAUUCACGGGUUCCUUCAGCCAGGCAAAUAGUUAACAAGUGUGUAGUCGUGGACACAGGGAGUGUGUUUUCUCUCCCCAUUGUCCUUCUGCCCACAGACCUGUAUAUACCCAUCUGUGAGUGGACCUAUCUCCUGAGAAGUCAAACGGAUUUUUUAUCCAGGAGGUAAACUUCCCAGACAGCAAGGGAUUCCCCUUAGCAGAGCUACUUCUUUGGGUCGUUUGUUUUUAUUUAUUUUAUUUUAGGUUUUUUUCCAGACAGGAUUUCUCUGUGUAACCCUGGCUGUCCUGGAACUCACUCUGUAGACCAGGCUGGCCUUGAACUCACAGAGAUCCAACUGCCUUUGCUUCCCAAGUGUUGACCAGGAGGUGUGGGUCACCAUUGCCUGACUAAAGGGCCAGGAAACCAUAAUAUUCUUGUGAAAGUAAUCAACUGAAUAAAAAGCCAACAUUCAAGCCUAGAUUUUUCAACACCAGUAUUUUUCAUUUUUCAUUGUGUCUAGCCAUAUAACACUGUAACAUACUUCCCAACCCCACAGGUUAGGGUUCAUAUUGUACAGCCCCCCCCCCCAUCUAAACUAAGUGAUGGUGUUACUUCUUGUUACAAAAGAUGCAGUAUACAUGGUACAGUAUCUGUUGAAGAGCAUCCUCUUGAGGCAUGCGCACCACUGGCUGGUUGUUUGGUUGGUUUGUUGUUACUUUGUUUUUGUUUUGGUGGUGUUUUCAAGACAGGGUUUCUCUGUGUAACUCUGGCUGUCCUGGAACUCGCUCUGUAGACCAGGCUGGCCUCGAACUUAAGAGUUCCGCCUGCCUCUGCUUCCGGAGUGUUGGGACUAAAGUCGUGCACCACCACUGCCCAGCGAGCACGGCUGAUUUCCAUCCGCUCUGCAUUUACAUUGUGUCUAUGGACUGCAUAUGUAUACACUGCUUUCUCCUAUACUUUUAUUUUGUAAAUACACAUUGUGAUCUUGUACAAAAGUAACUAAUGUGGCUUUGAAGUUUAAGCAAAUGGUGGGUGUUUAGUAAGAUUCUUGGUUGGAAUGGGAAAAUAUUUUCUUAUUUUGCUUGCUUAUCUUCGUGUUUUUAAUGGGUAAUGGGGGUAUCAUUCAACUUAGAUACAAACACAUGACCCCUUCAAUACAUUUAUUUUAAUUGUUUUCCUUUUAGACAUAAAAUCAAAAUCACUCCCAAAUCAUCUUUGAAAGAAUAUUUUAACCCACUGUAUAUGGUGCUAAUAGACUUGUAUAGAUAGCUACCAGCAAAUAUGUUUAAAAUGAACUUUUAAAAGCCUGGUUAAGGUUGGCGCACUUUGCAGUACUCUAAAUAAUUCUGUAUCUGUUUACUAUAAGACUGGCUGCAAGCCAAUAUCCUCACAUUAAAGUUUCUAAUCUCCUACAUAUGAGUAAGAUCUAUAAGACACACAGCUCUUAGUUAUUGACUGUAUUCUGGAUUUGGGGAUUUUGAAAAGCAGGUACAAAGUAAAUUUGUAAUUUUUGGAGUAAGACAGUAGCUCUGGGUUUCAGGUUUUGGUGUGUGCGUGUGUGUGUGUGUGUGUGUGUGUGUGUGUGUGUGUGUGUGUGGUGUGUGUGUGUGUGUGUGUGUGUGUGUGUUCCCUGCACUGCUGUUUGAUAACUAUACCUUUGGUUAGAAUGCAUUAUUAUAAUUGAUUGUUUUUAUAAGAAAAUAUAUUCUCCUUCAUUCUUAAGUAGUUUCUCUGGCUUAUUUCAAGGAUUUAAACAUAAUUUCAUAAGCAGAAUGCAGAAAUCCAUUUGUGGGUUGCAACCCUAUUUAUCUGCUAUACGGACAAAUGAUAGUAAAUUUUAGGGCGAUACAAACUAUUCUUGUAACAAAAAUAAACAGAACCAGAGAGGUGGCUUGGAAGCCUGCCAUAAAAUAUUUUUUGUAAUGGGAUGUAUUUCAAGCAGUUUGACCUUCUAUGCAAAAUAUGUAGAAAGAUUCUGACUCAAUUUACACCCUGUGGCCUUAAACUGACCGUUUAAAGGCAUCAACUUAGGACACUCAUUAAUUUUCAUUGAAAUUUGCCUUUAAUGAACAUUAGCUAAGAUCAAAUUUCUUUUUGAUCUCUGAGUCGUCUAAGGUGGGGGCGUCUAUCAGAUCCUUGGUAAUUUUUCAGUGUAUUCUCUUAACCCUCAAGUCAGGCAUUGUUCACCCCGCUUCUCACAGCACAGAGGCUACAAGCACUUGCCGCGAUCUUUUUUGUGUGUGACUAUUCACUUAACAUUUGUUCAGAGCACUUUUUUAGGAUAUUAAAAAUAGUCCCCAGUAACAUUUAAGUAAAGGCAGCAGAAAACAAAAGACCUUUCCAACAGAAAUCAUGUUCCCUGCCACCUCCUCCACCCCCAAGAAUAAUAAGCAUGUGGUACAAAUGGAUCUCUUCAGAAAAGCUGUCUGCAUAAUUUCCCUCCCAGGUAAUGGGCUUGACAGCAGUGAUGAUCUUAAUUGGUCUACUACUUAGUGGAGUCUUAGACUCGGCUUCACUUCUGAGAGACAAUGUGGUCUCGACAGUGUAUUGAGGGAGGCUUCUGCUGGAGGCUUAUUAGCCCUGGGCCAGCCUUCACGUGCAUCCAGUUCACUUCAUUUGCAAAUGUCUGAUUUCCAGUUGCCUUAUUAUGUUUUUUUUUAAUAGUUGAGAUUUUUUUUAGGGGGUUGUGGCAGAAUUUUUAAAAUAAUUGAUAGACUUUCAAACCCUGUUGUCAGAAAAGAUCCUUUAGUCAGCUUUACCGAAUAAGUAGUCUCCUUUCUAGUUUAAUACUAAAUGCACCAGGAUUUGACUUUUAUACCUGUCGUUUGUAUGUUUUUAGAUUAUCUUUGUUUAUGUUAAAGAGUUCUUUACAGGGUUGGGGAUUUGGCUCAGUGGUAGAGCGCUUGCCUAGCAACCGCAAGGCCCUGAGUUCGGUCCUCAGCUCCGGAAAAAAAAAAAAAAAAAAAAAAGAGUUCUUUACAUUCAAGUUCCUGUUUUACCACGAAACAAAGUUUCUUAUAUGGAAUUGAAAUUUUCACUCCAUUCUGCAUUUUAUCGUGCAUUUUUAGAAAGAAUUUUUGUAAUGAUCCUUGAUGACAAAAAAUUAUUAGAAUCAACCUACAUAAAGUAUAGUGCCCCAAUCAAAUUAGACUCGACAUGUUAGCACCUGUUAUAUGAGCUCCUACAGCUCAUCCUGGGCAGGGGGUGUGUGUGUGUCUGUGUGUGUGUGUAUCUGUGUGUGUAUCUGUGUGUGUCUGUGUGUGUGUCUGUGUGUGUGUCUGUGUGUGUCUGUGUGUGUGUCUGUGUGUGUGUGUGUCUGUGUGUUAGGGGCAAAGGAGGUGGCAACAGAAGCCAGGACGGGGGAAGGCAGAGCCACAGACAAUGCAGAAAGGGAAGGAGAAGGGAUGGAGAAGUUGGGAUCUGAAUACAGGAGCAGUCUGAAUAUUAACAGUGUAUCCAUUCUGAUUUCUGACCAGGUACAGGAAAAGGCCUGCAUAAUGUCACACAUGUCGGAUCUUUGCCUGUAGAAAUGUUCAGUGGAUGAGCCAUUAUGAAAGUAAGAGUACCAUUCUGUAUUCUCAUUGAAAUUAGUACCACUGUGAACCAAAGGCUAAUAGUAAAGAAAUAAUACUCUGUAGAGAAAAAGUUUUCAAGCUGAAUUGAUUCAUGUACUGACUAACACAGAAUAAAUGUUAUAUCAGCUCA